AUGGAAGAUGGGUUUCGGGGUAGUGGCAGCGGGGGUGACGCCGAUGGCGGGGAGGACGAGCCGAGUCCGGCGCGUUGCAUCAAGGACAAGCGCAGUCUGUCGCAGCUGCUGCAGCGCGCUAAAGACGCCGUCAUUCAUGACGCAGCCAGGAAUGUCAACGCGGCCGCAGCUGGAGCCGCCGGUUCUUCGUUCGUUGCCGGAGCCGCGCAAGCGUCAUCCUUCCACCAUGCCGCUUCGGGAUCGCCGCAUGUCGCGGGUGGGUUCGCCGGAUCGUCUUCAGCCCUUCACGCUGCUGCCGCGGCGCUCAACCCCCUUGAGGUGCUGCCGCCCGGGUCGCUGCUCGCCCAAGCACUCAAGCUCUCUCACCAGCCUUCCUUCGCAGCCGUCUCCAAUCUCCCGCUCUUCUCUAAUUUCCGCUCCGUCACCGCCCCUCACUCCUCCGCACGCGCCACCGAGCCCCAUGCAUCAUCACCCCACGCAGCUACCCUGUCCUCUACGAGCACUGUAGCUGCUGCUGCCGCUGCUGCACCUGCAGGUGCUACAGUGUCAGCUCCCAAUUCAUCUAGCCCUGCCUGGAGCGAGCCGGCGUUCCCCACUGUGCAGUCGGGGGAGGUGACGGACCGCUUCUCCUCCUUCAGCGAUACGCAGUUCGCCUCUGCUGCUGAAAUCGGUGCCACCUCAUCCACGGCUGCUGCUGGCAUGAUGGCGGCGGCUGCAUCGGUUGGCCUCGAUGCUGGUCGCAGUAGUGCUGUUGUUGCUGGUGGCAGCGCUUUUGGUGGUAGUAGUGUUGGUGGUGGCUUUAACAGUACUUUGCCUGGGGGCAAUGACAGUGGGAGGGAGGGUGGUUCGUUCACCAAUGUUCUUCGGAUGUCCUCAGCUGCUUUUCAGCACCAGCAACAGCAGCAGAUGCUGCUGCGACAGCAGUGGAGUGGGCAAGCGGGUGGAGGGCAAGAGAAUACUGCAGUGAAUGCAGAGGCCUCCGUGCAUAUGUGGAGGCCAAGGGAAGACACGAGUUGGUUCCAGCAGCUGGGGCAGUCAGGAGCACUUGAGAAGCUUGCUGGAGGCAUCGGUGGAGAGGGCGGGGAGGCGGAAAAGUCUGCAGCAGCACCGGCUGCAGGAGGGGGAGCAGGAGCAGCAGUAGCGGAAAAUCAAGGGUUUGAACGUGGAGGAGGAAUGCUAUUGCUGGCAGAGCCUGCGACUGGCAAUGCAAGGAGGCAUGAUGUCCAGAGAGAGCAUCAGCAGGAGAAGCUUCAGUCUGACGGCAUAAGGCAUGACCACCCUGUGGAUGCAAGCAACCCUCCUCCAUUGCAGGAGCAGCAACAAGAGCAGAAUGAUGGGUGUGGUGGGACUCAGCAAAUGGGCCAACGGGUUUCCAUGCUGGGGUUGCAGCAAUCUCGCAGGUCAGAUGCAGUUUUGGAAGCCCUCACAUCGGGGUCGCAGUCGUGGGUGGGUCAGGCUGGGCGCUGGGUGGAUGAGCAUCAAAUGCAGUGGAGGAUGCAGAAGGCAGGGGAAAAUGCAGCUAUGGGUGUGGGAAUGGGUCAGGCGGAGCAAGAAGCUACACAUGCGGAUAAUCUGGCAGAGGCGGAGAUUCUUCGAGCAUUACAUGCAGAGAUGGAGUCAGAGGAGGUGUUGCGCGAGUACAAGCAGGAGCUGCAGGAGUUCGGCGAGGGGCUCAAGAAGGAGACGGAGGAGCUGGUGGAAACCACCCGCCACCACCGUCAGCGACCUGCCUUCCUCACUCGAGUCCGGCGCCCAAGCGGCUCAGGUGAGACCUGCUAUGCCGUGCCUGCCCCUGUGGUGUCCUCCUUUGUGUCCCUCUCACCGUCUGCCGCCUGCCUCGCACCACCCCCUUGCCGCUCAAUCACUCCCACCCCCCUCUCUCUCAUUGUGCGGAGCAGCACAACGGAGAUCCUGGCAUCAGUGAAGGAGGCAGUGGCGAUGGUGGAGGAGGAGGUGGCUGCCAACGCUGCUGGCGCCCGCCCCCGCGCGCCUUCCGCUGCUGCUGGGCUCGCCUCCGCCAUCCCCAGAGGCUCGUCGUCUUGUUUAGUCAUCUUCCUCUCCCUCUUCCUCUCCUUGAACCCGCUCACUCUUUUUCAACCAUCCACCCCUCUUCGCCCCUCAUCAUCCCUCUGUGCCGUUGCGUGCAGGGAGGCGGACGUGGAGGCAGUGCUUAAGGACAAUGCAUUCAUGCAGGAGCUGCAGUCACGCAUUGUGCCGUUGAUCGUGGAGCGCGAGACCUUCUGGACGCGCUACUUCUACCGCCUCUACCGCCUGCAACAGGCCGAGGACGCCCGCGCCGACCUUGUCAAGAGGGCGACAACAUCAGAGGAGGAGGACCUGAGCUGGGAUGUGGACGAUGAUGCAGAUGACGCUCAGAGCAGCCCUGCAGCCGCCCACCAUGGCGCUGCGGGGAUGGAGAAGCGGGCACAGAGGAUUGGGGAAGCAAAAGAUGCAGGAGCAGGGGAGGGCGAGAAGGAGAGAGAUGCAUCAAGUCCAGCUGCGACAUCGCCGCAACCAGGGAGUGUGCCUCUAUCGGAGGUGAAGGUCCCUCGCCUGGAGGAUGCCGGGCUGGAAGACACGGCACUGCCUCUAUCCGACAUCCAGAAACCAAGUAAUCGCAGCAACAGCAGUGACAGCUCAGCAGGCAGUGAGUGGCAAGUUGUGUCUAAAGAUGAUGCUUCUAAGGAGGACGGAUUGAAGGCAUCACAACCCUCUGCUGCUGCUCUUACUACAGCAGCUGAGGCGGCUGCCGCUCCUGCUUCUGACGUGUCAGAACCUGCAGCUCUGGUCUCCCAGCCUGCUGCUGAGCCUACAGUUGCCAGCGGUUCAAAUAAAACAAGUGCGGACGGCGAAGGGGCGAAGGAAGAAGGAAACGAGAAAAAGAAUGAGGCAGAGGCGAGGGGAGGGAAGGGCAAGAAGGAAGGUGGAGUUGAAGAGGAGGAUGAGGUAAGCCAGAGAUGA